GGUGGAUGGGACUACGGAAGAGUAGUAGUCUGGGAACGGGGACGCGCUUCUUUGGAGAAUUACUGCCUGUUGUAGCUGAAAAUCAGAACACAUGGCAGCAAACAAGAACAAGGGCCAGAGCUCUCUGGUUCUGCACAAGGUCAUCAUGGUGGGAAGUGGAGGAGUGGGCAAAUCAGCACUCACACUGCAGUUCAUGUAUGAUGAGUUUGUUGAAGACUAUGAGCCAACUAAAGCAGACAGCUACAGGAAGAAGGUUGUGCUGGAUGGAGAAGAGGUUCAGAUCGAUAUUCUGGACACAGCAGGACAGGAGGACUAUGCAGCCAUUAGGGAUAAUUAUUUCCGUAGCGGAGAGGGCUUCCUGCUAGUGUUCUCCAUCACAGAGCAGGAGUCGUUCAGUGCCACCUCUGAAUUCAGAGAGCAGAUCCUGCGUGUGAAGGCAGAGGAGGACAAGAUUCCUCUGUUGCUAGUCGGAAAUAAAUCUGAUUUGGAGGACAGGAGGCAGGUUUCUGUGACCGGGGCCCGGGAAAAAGCAGAUGAAUGGGGAGUGCAGUAUGUGGAAACCUCAGCAAAAACACGUGCCAACGUUGAUAAGGUGUUUUUUGACCUAAUGAGGGAGGUGCGGGCUAAGAAAAUGGCUGAGAACAAGGACAAAAAUGGCAAGAAAAGCGGCAAGACGAAAAAACCCCUGAAAAAGCGCUGCAGAGUGCUUUGAGUCAGAAGAACCGUGAAAAGCAAGCCUCUCUCAGCACAAAGCCUUUCUGGUGGACAUGGAAAACCCAAAAGCUGUUUUUCCACUAUUGUGGUUAACGUUGCCAAAUGCAGACAAAGAACUGUGAACGGGUGCCGUUGUUCUUCCUUGCUCUAUCCAGCGAGGUUUAUGCAACUGCCAUCCAUUAUGAUUUUCAUAUCUGAAUUUAUGUCUUCUGCCGUCAAACACACAAGAUCCAACCAGAUGGACAUUCAUGCAGUUAUUUUGCAUAUAGUAUAACUUUAUCUCAGGCAUUUUAAAUUUGGCAAACUAUCUUUGGUUGUUAUCUGUGUCUCCUACUAAUAUCUGAACCACUUACAUAAAUUUUAUGCAGUAAUGUUUCUCGUGUAGUCUCUUGUUUAUAAUUAGCACAUUAAUAUUUACCACUACUGUGUUUCAUAUUCUAUUAGCUCAGCACUAUUUAAGAGAUGAACUAUAUCAUUUGAAAAAGAACCACACAGUUUUGCAACAGCCAUAUUAUGUUGGAUCACUAUAUGUUUAGAUUAGACAAGUCUUUGCUAGUUGCUGCAGCACCUUUUAUGGAAAACAAUCUGAACCUUCUUUCCUAAGAGCUUUAUAGCAGACAUUUAAAAAAAAAAAAAAAAAAAAAAGGGAAAAACAAGUAUGCAAUACUUUGAACACUCUAAUGAUGAGCUGAUGUUGAAUGCAGUGCUAUGGGGUGUUCAAUGAAGCAAGAUGACUUGGUUAUCUGGAUAAUGGGAGUUACGUGUAAAGAACAAUCUUGAUGGAUAAUAAAUAUACACAACAUGUUCUGCAGCUAUGUGAGAAAUGCUGUUUGUUGUAAUACUGUUGUGUAUUAGCGUUUGCAAAGACUUCACUAUGCAAAGCCUACUACAUGUAUUGCUUUUAGUAUAAACCACAAGUUUUUGUAAUAACCAUAUUUUUGUAAUUGAGCCACUUUUUGUAUGAAUUGCUUUCACUAAUUCACUGUAUGUUGAUAACAGACCAAAUAAACUCUAUUUGCUUAUUA